AUGAUGGAAGAAACUGACAAUAAAUAUCAUCAAUUAUCCUCAGUUAAUGGUCAAACUAUUAGCAGUUCAUUAGAGGGAAAUGAAUCAAUCGAAUUAUCACAUAUAGUUAAUGAAAAUGAUAAUAAUUCAGAUUCAGGCAUAAGUCCAAAUGAUAGUGAAGUUGAAACACUCAUUUCUAAUCGAAAUCAGAAAACGGGAUUAUCAACAGUAUUUGAUGAUGAAGAAGAAAAAUGGUAUAUUGUUGGAAGUGAAGUUUUUCUUCCAUUUAUGAUUGCUGGUUGUGGUAUGGUAGCUGCUGGACUUGUUCUUGAACGUGUUAAGGAAUUAAAUGUAUUUAAAGAAAUAACAGAAAUUUAUAUACUUGUUCCAGCUUUACUUGGUUUAAAAGGAAAUUUAGAAAUGACAUUAGCAUCACGUCUAUCUACACAAGCUAAUAUUGGAAAUAUGGAUAAAAAAUCUGAACUUCAAAGCAUGAUUUUUGGAAAUAUAAUUUUAACACAAUUACAAGCUAUUAUUGUUGGUUUUUUGGCUGCUAUUGUAUCACUUGCUAUGGGUUGGGUACCACAAGGACAUUUUAAUAUUCGACAUGCACUUGUUUUAUGUAGUAGUAGUGUUUCAACAGCAUCCAUUGCUUCAUUAGCUUUAGGUGGAAUAAUGAUUCUUGUUAUUGUCGGAUCUCAUAAAUGUAAAAUCAAUCCAGAUAAUAUUGCUACACCAAUAGCAGCAUCAUUAGGAGAUUUAACGACGCUUACUAUUUUAGCUAGUAUUGGUGGUUUUUUAUUUAAAAUUAUUGAUAAUUAUACAUGGUUACCUAUAAUGAUUACAAUUAUUUUUUUAAUUUUAACACCAAUAUGGAUUGUAAUUUCUUAUCGAAAUGACUAUGUUAGAGAUGUACUUAUUCAUGGAUGGUCACCAGUUAUAGCUGCAAUGUUUAUUUCAAGUGCUGGUGGUCUUAUAUUGGAUUUUGCUGUUCAAACACUUCGUGGUGUUGCUGUUUUUCAACCUGUUAUGAAUGGUGUUGGUGGUAAUUUAGUAGCUGUUCAAGCAAGUCGACUUUCUACUGCUCUUCAUCAACAUGGUAAACCAGGAGAAUUUAAAGAUCGUGCACAUUAUUAUGCUUCAAAAAUUUGUCCUAAUCCAUAUAAAGUUUUUCUUUCGAAUAAAAAUAAUUCAUCCACAACACGUGUUUUAUUAUUUAUGUCUAUACCAGGUCAUCUAACAUUUGUUUUUAUUAUUUGGAAAUUAGCAGUAAAUCAUCCUCGAAUUUCGAUUCUUUUUGUAUUUUUAUACCUUAUAGCUGCAUUUAUUCAAGUUGCUAUUCUUCUAUACAUUGCCCAAUGGAUGGUAGCUUAUACAUGGAGACAUGAACGUGAUCCAGAUAAUGUAUGCAUUCCAUAUUUGACAGCUAUUGGAGAUCUACUUGGUACUGCAUUACUUACUUGUGUCUUUCUUUUACUGCCGUCUUCUAUUUAG